CUUGCUUUUUGUAUUGUUAGAUAUGGGACACCGCUGGCCAGGAGAGAUUUCAGAGUCUUGGAGUUGCAUUUUAUAGAGGGGCGGAUUGUUGUGUUCUGGUAUAUGAUGUCAACGUAAUGAGGUCCUUCGAUACUCUUGACAACUGGCAUGAAGAAUUUCUCAAACAGGCAAACCCUCCUGAUCUAAAGAAGUUCCCCUUUAUAUUACUAGGAAACAAGAUCGAUAUAGAUGGUGGAAAUAGCAGAGUGGUUUCUGAGAAGAAGGCCAAGGAAUGGUGUGCAUCGAAAGGGAACAUACCGUACUUUGAAACAUCUGCAAAAGAGGAUUACAAUGUUGAUGCUGCAUUCUUGUGCAUUGCAAAGACUGCUUUAGACAAUGAGCAUGAGCAGAGCAUAUAUUUCCAGGGCAUGCAGGAGGCUGUUUCUGAAACAGAACAACAAGGUGGUUGUGCAUGUUGAUAUUGAGUUAUCACUUCAUUGCAAAUGCUUCUAUAGCUUUCUUUUUGCAUGUUUAUUUCCUUUUGGUUGUUAUUUGUAGUCAUUCUUUUGUAUUCACUGUAUACUAUCUAUCCUCUCAAGAUUGAGACAGGCUUGCUUUCCUUCCAUGCUAUAUUAGUCAUUAACCACGAACCAUCAUGGACUAUUUGUAAUUUUCUUUUGAGUUGUCAAAAGCUUUACUUAUCUU